CAUCACAUGCUGUAGUGUCGUCGGAGACUUCCAGACGGGACUGUCUUCGGCUCUAAACUGCUCCGAGAGAAAGAGAUACAAUCACAGCAGACACAAUGGCGAAAGGGAAGAAGAAAUCGAAUGAUCCGUCAGGUAGAAAAAUCACACUCAAGAUGGCGAAGAACGCUCUGAAGGUGACAGUAGACGGAAAACGUCGGCUCGACCUCAGCAACAUGUCGAUCGCCACAUUUCCAAAGUGCAUCCUGAAGCUUAACGACGUGGACGAGCUGGACCUCAGCCGCAACCUCCUCAAGAAGAUCCCAGACACCAUCGACAAGUUUGUGAACCUCCGUUUGCUGGAUCUGCACAGCAACCACCUGGAGCAGAUUCCCGCGGCUAUAGGCCGUCUCCCGAACCUCUACAGCCUCAACUUAUGCAACAAUCAUCUGACCACCUCCGGCUUGCCACAUGAGCUCGGGCUCUUGAGGAACCUGAGGAUCCUCAACCUGGGAAUGAACCGCAUCGAGACUCUCCCUACAUCUGUGGCUGCUCUCAAAGAGCUUCGGGAACUGGGGCUCUUCAACAACCUCCUGACACUGUUGCCCAAGUGUAUCCAAAACCUCCCAAAACUGCAGAAGAUCAACAUCAAAUCCAACCCCAUCCCUACAGACGAGCCUCCAGAGGUGGACGGCAUCCAGAGAGUCGAGGGUCUGUAUUUAGUGAGAGAGGACUGUCUGUGCACCGACUGCCUUGAGAAGUGUAAGGCGCACAGGGAGAAGUUAGACAGUCGAAUAAGUGCAGCUUCUACACCAAAGAAAUCCAUCUUUGCAGGUCUCCUAACGCCAAACUCUGUCGCACAAGAGAACCAAGAGUUGUGGAGGUGAACACUAGUCCAAAUCAUGAUAUGCAAUACAAUGAUUAUUGAGAGAUGUACAAAUAAACUUUCCUCAAAAGCUUGUUGUAUCAUACAAGAUGUAGUGAUGGACCUUCAUUGGAGUUCAUGUUAAUGUAUUUAUGGAGUUGUAAGUGGCGUUUAUACUGCAAUAGCUUCUAUGUACCACUAGGGAGUAGCAAAUAUCUAAACAGCCUCGGUUCUCACUGCUGCCCCCUAGAGGAGCUCUACUGACAUCACAUCUGGAAAGUGUGAGUUCUGCACUUUUAUGCUACACAAAUAAAUAUAAAUGCAAAUUACUUGAAGCUAUACAUCUUAUAUUUAUUCAGGAAAUACCAAAGGACAAUUAGCUACUUUAAGAAUCACAAAUGUUAUGUCACUUUAAAGGGAUGCACGUUCUUCUAAAAUGAGUUUAAUGAUUGUAAAUGGGGAGAGAACUUGUCAGCAAUACCAAAAUACAACACCUUCAUGUACUAUUAUACUUUCACCAGCUGUUCUUGUUGUGAAAAAAAGGUGCAGGUGAAUAUAAUUAUGUUCAUAUUGAUUUUUUUUCAUCUCGUUUCUCUCGAGGAACAGUUUACUAAUUAACACUCGGCUCAAUUCUAUUGAUUUACGCACAUUUGUGCUGUUUUUGAAGAUCUGCUCAUGACCUGACAAGUGACAUUUUAAGAUUUCUCUGUUAAACAGUGGAGCAACAAAUACACAAAUAACAUUUACACCUGUGAGACUGUGUAUCAAGAUGCAUGAAAUGUCCAGACUUUUUCUUUUGGUACAGUUUAUAGGGGUUUAAAAACCAUGCAUAAUGUAAUUUGAAAGAACUAAAUUCCUCUUAUCAAACCAAAUGCGUAUUGUUAACUGGAUAAACACACAUAAGCCUGACAUAUGAGGUUUGAAGUAUUGUUAUUUGGUGCUCCACAUCUUGAAAUGACUCAUUUGAAUGAAUCUGGAGGUCUGUAAUCCGAUUACUCCCACCAGAAGUCAAAGUAAACAAAACUCAACCCUGCUAUUAGGCUAAAGUGGAUCAAAGUGAAGUCAAAAUGGUAUGGAUAACAGAUAUUUUACCCAGAAAAUAGUCACAGACUCUGAAGGUCCGAGCACGAGGUCUGUAAAAUAUCACC